CAAAAAAAAAAAAAAAAAAUGUGUUCUGGAAAAUAUAUAUAUAUGCACGGUUGCUUUCUUUUAUUCAUCCUUAUUUGGUUGGAGACUCUAAUGAAAGAUUACUGAUAUUCUCGUCUGGUAUGAGAUUAUAUAUAUAAGGAUACAGUUUUGUGAUCAACGAUUCAUUCACUUAUGAGAAAGGUAACGUCUACAAAAUAAUUGUCACGUAUAGUAAACAACACGAAUUUUAAUAAAAUAUAAAUGAAAUUAUUAGUAGAGUUUGGAUCUCACUUUAAAUGUGAGUACUAAAGUUGUUUGGACCUUAAAGCAUCUCCAAUGCAGGCUCUAGCAACCGGAUCGAUCCGGGCCACUAGAGUCUGCCGUGUGCUGGAGUGCUGAGGAGGUUCGAAGCAAGGUUGACGGGGGAGCCGGGUGCGAAAGAAGUUGAGGAAGGCGCGUGCAGUGCAUGCGAAAUUAAUAAAAAAAAUAGAAAAAGAAAAAGGAAGAAAUGGGGUGGAUCGACAGAAUUUGCAGAGAAGGAAGAAAAAAAAAUGAAAGAAUAAAGAAAAGAUCUUUUAUUAUUUUCACAUAUUGAUUAACUACAUGAAUUUUGAUUUACAUCACUGCUUUCUCGAAACCCUCUAAAAAAGAAAACUAUUUUUCUCAAAACACACAUUAUUAAUUUAUUAUUAGGUCUCUGCACCUUCAUUAAUAAAUCAAUAUUUUAUUUGUAAUUAUAAUCCAUAUUUUUAAAAAUAAUUCCUAUAUUCCUUAUUAUUAUUAUUAUUUUAUAAAAUAGAGGAGUGGGCUAGGUCAGAUUAUAGUUAUUGGGUCGUAUUGCUUAUUGAGGCCCAUACGAUUUAAAAAAGAAGUAAACCUAGAAGAAGAAAUUAGGGAUUUGAAGAGAGAUGGAGACUAUUGUAAUUGUGGGAGGAUCCGAAGAUGGGUUCGGAGCGGAUGAUGAGAAGCCUAACUUGUGGUUAGAAUUUCAUAAGGUGGAUCUGAAACAAGGAGGAAAAGUAGAGAAGAAUUGCUAUCCGAAGCUGCGUUGUUGGGGGAUGGUAGGUACCAUGUCUUUGGUCAAGUCCAAGCUGUGCUUGGCAGGAUGUACGGCCACAGCUGAUGAAGCGGAUGAAUACGCCUGUUUCUUGGAUUUGGAUUCAGAUUCAAAUUCAUAUUCCGAUUCAGAGUGGAAGCAUUUACCCCUUCCUGUGGGGUGUCUGGCCUUCGGUACACUUGAUGGGAAGCUUUAUGGUCACAACCACCAUGACCGAUACGCCGAAGAUGAAAAUCUGGGUUCAGACUGGUUCGAGUUUAUCAGGGAUCGUCUUCCUGAAGACGAAGAGGGAGAGCAUGUGAUGAUUCCGGACCCACCCAACAACCGGAUUCUUUUCUACACGACUUCGGGCAAAAUCUAUGCUUACGAUCCUAGUCACCGUGAAUCCAGACUCAGACUUGUGGCCGCCGAUGUGCCUGAUUGGUCCCCUUUGGUUGCCGUUGUGGCCAACAUCGCCUACAUUGCCUUCCACCCUCGAUGGGGCGGCGAUUAUCCAUGGAUGCUUUGUGCCUAUGAUCUUUCCAAUGGGGGAAAGCACUUGAAAUGUGUGUGGACCUCCAUGGAAGUCGAUGGUGUUGACAUCUCUGACUUGUUAUGUCAUAUCCGUGGCUUGUUUCACUUACCCAACACCAACAACUUCUGGCUUGCUGCUUGCACCCCUGAUAGAAGCACCUCCGUGCACCUCCACUUUGUCAAGUUCCAAGCCAGCCGCACCGACGAUGAUGACCGGAUCCUUUGCACUCCCCUUGUUCUUGUUUACUCUCCAAUUGAAAACACCGCCCAUGUUUUUCAUUUUUUACUCAUUCACGGAUCACUCCACGGCUAGCCAGGAGGCUUGCAGUUGAACACAUAAACCUACAAUUCGUGUUUGUUGCUGUUAUCCUUCCCUGUGAGUGUAUGCUAUGCAUUAUGUAGUACGUUUGCUUUAUUAUCUCACUAUCUGGUAUUAGUGGUAUUAGGUAUCUAGCAAGAAUUGAUUUCAUGUCCCAACGAUUAUUUAAUACAUACAUUAUAUUUAUGCAUGUA